GGAAGUACAAGAGGAAGCAGAAGAAAGGAAGGUCUAAGGAGCGAAGCUGAUAAUGGAUCCUGGAUCUGGGAUGAAAGAGUUCGAACCCCGGUCUAUCCAGCGCGAAACACUAGUGGACAUUCAGGGAGUCCCUUUGUUCAGCACCACUUUAGAAAAGUGGGAUCCCUUGUGGAGUUUUAAAGCCAGGCCGGAUGAUCUUCUCAUCUGCACUUACCCCAAAGCAGGGACCACCUGGCUUCAGGAAAUCGUGGAGAUGGUUCGAUCUGGAGGCGACCCCCAGAAAUGUGCUCGGGCUCCUAUCUAUAGACGGAUACCCUUUAUAGACCUUGUUCAUCCUGUCCUCUCAGGCCUGGAAGAUGCAGAGGCGAUGCCUUCUCCACGAACGCUCAAAACUCACUUCCCGGUUCAGCUCGUGCCCCCUUCCUUCUGGGAACAGAACUGCAAGGUCAGGACAAUCGCCUGGGGUUCUUGGUUUGACCAUGUGAAGGGCUGGUGGGAAGCCAAAGACCGCCACCCGAUUCUAUAUCUCUUUUAUGAAGACAUGAAAGAAGACUUAGCCCAGGAAAUCCGGAAGGUGGCCCACUUCCUAGACGUAGAGCUCCCGGAACCAAUCUUGAACAAGAUCGUGCAUCACACUACGUUUGACAACAUGAAAGCCAACCCAAUGGCUAAUUACAGCACCGUGCCUCCUUCCAUGAUGGAUCCAGCCGUGUCGACGUUCAUGAGGAAAGGCACUGUGGGAGACUGGAAGGACCACUUCACAGUGGCUCAAAGUGAGCACCUAGAUGUAGUCUGUGCCAGAGAACUGGGGGGCAGCGGCCUGACCUUCCGCACGGAGCUCUAAGCACAUCUUU